GUCCACACCGGGCGGUGACGCAGUGGCGGCAGCAGUGUCAGGUGUCCCGCAGGUUUCACAAAAAGAGUGACUCAUCGGAAGUUCGCACAGGUGUUCGGGUAGCUAGCAGAGAUGGAAAGUAAUCCAUUCAGUCGGAAGUCCUGGGCGUCACAGUCCUUGCGUAUCACUGCGAAGGAGCUGUCGCUGGUCAGCGGCCGAGGGAAAUCCACUGCUAUUGCAGAACGCUUCUCCAAGUACCAGAAAGCUGCUGAAGAGUCAAGUGCAGACAAGAAAAAAGGAUCUCUUGAGAGUGGAACAGCCCCUCUACGAUCCGGCAACCUCAGUGUUCUGAAGAAGCGCUGGGAGCAAGCAAGAACCCGUGAUCAGGACAGUCCUCCUUCUGUUCCAGCUCCAGGCCGGUCCAUCUCUCGCUCCAGGCCUCAUACCUUUACCAGGCCUCCUUCUGUCGGUGAGCCUCCAGUAAAGAGCCCUGACCCAGUGACGGAUCGGGGAGGUCGCCAUACAGCCAGUCGUGUUCAUCAGGCCUCAGCAGUACCAGAGGGCGAAGACCAGAGAGGGAUGGAAAAGGAUGAGAUGACACAUAAUAGUGCAAAUGAAAAACUUGAACAGCAGGUUCCAACCAGCCCGCGUGCCUCUUAUGAAAAACCCAGAGUGCCUUUGAACAACCUGAAGAUGAAGUUUGAGAAAGGAGAAGAACCCAUGGGAAAGGGUGGCAGGGCAGUACUACGCAGUACUUCAUCAGAGGACAUGGACCAGCACGGCAGUCUCGCUGUGUCUGACAGAGUGCUGGAGUCAAAAUCGUCUCUGAAGGAAAAGUUGGCUAAGUACCAGUCUGCUGUUACGAAACAAGAACCCCUGCAUUCUGUUUUGGCCCCACAGACAUCUGCUCCAAAAGAAUCUGCAUCUGUAAAUGAGAAAGUCACACCUGUGCCUGAAUGCAAUGGCGACGGCACCGAGCAACCAAAAGCACUCCGGAAGUUUCGCUCGGCAGAGAGGGAGACGUGUUUCACUUGUACAAAGACAGUGUACCCACUGGAGAGACUUGUGGCCCAUCAGCACGUCUACCACAAAAGCUGCUUCUGCUGUAUUCACUGCAACACUAGGCUUAGUAUAGGAAAUUAUGCUUCCCUGCAUGGAAACAUCUACUGCAAGGCCCAUUUCAACCAGCUGUUCAAAGCCAAAGGCAACUAUGAUGAAGGCUUUGGCCAUCGGCCUCAUAAGGAGAUGUGGGAGCCCCGAAAUGAUGGCGAUGAAGAUGCUGAAGUGGUGAAGCCAAAAGAACAAGAGAAGACUGCAACAGUGACAAGUCCAGCUGAGCAUACCUCAGACAUACAGCCAGAAACAUCUCCGUCUGUUAAGGUUACAGAUCUGAUGGCCUUACUGGAAACUCGCACACAGAAAAAUGCGAGCUCUGAUGAGAAAUAUCAGUCAGAAAAACCAGCUGAGAAACGCAAGCUGAGGAUCGACUGGCCUCCCCGAACUGGUGAGCGCCAAUCUGGGACAGAACUCCUUAGUCCGGUUUCAGAGGGCAUUACUUCAAGCCGACCCUGGAGAGCCAAGUGGCCUCCAGAUGAUGAAGCACAUUCAACUUUCAGGAGCUCAGAGCGCACUGAAUUGAAGAACCUGAGGAGGAGCACUUCUCUUAAGGAACGAAGUCGACCUUUUACAAUAGCAGCUAAACCCAGUUCCCCAACCACCGUGGGUCCUCGCGAGCCUCGUCGUCCUCUCAAGUCUCUGCAGGAAUGGAGAGCAUCUUUUGAAGAAAAAAAAUCAUCUGAAGAACCAACUGAGGAAAAUAAGCCAGAAGUCCAACAGGUGACAAAGCAAAUGUCAAGUGCGACCAGUUCAGAGGAGGAAGCGGCGAGUAGGCCUGGGAAAAAGAAAGAAAGAGUUGAACAAGUAAUAAAAGGAAACACAACAGGAGACAAGGUGGCUGUGGACGUGGGCUCUCUGAGAAGCCGGUCGGAUGAUGUCCCCGUCAACCUUUCUCCACCUUUACAGCCAAAACAGAACCGCACUUCCCAGGAUGUCGGCUUCUGGGAAGAGGACAAAGAAGGAAGUGAUGCAGAGGAGCUGAGUGCAGAGGAUAUAAUCAAGAAGAACCGCUGUUACGAGGAAGAGGAGGAGGACGACGAUGACACUGAGUCAUAAGAGUACGUCACAAUUUCGCUGUCACUUCCAUCCACCUUAAAACAUUUUCAUUUUUUAUUUUCUCAGUUCAUAUGUAGAUCAUAAUUUUAGCUUUGCCAGAUUUUAUAGCGAUGCAAAAGAAUGUAGUAGGUGUGUGUGCAUUCCUGCAUAUUUAUAUUAAAAAAAUGCUUUAUGUUAACUGUUGAUAACUUAAAAAUGAAACAUUUUGUUUUCCAUACUUAUUUUAAUUAGCUACUGUAAAAAUAUCUGGCAUAUCUUUUUUUAUGACUCAUGAUAAUACUGGAAGGUUAUUAAAUUGAAUCAUUGCAUGUCUGUACCACAUCAUCUAAUGAUUAUAUACAGUGUGAGCCGCAUAUUAUGUGCAGGAGGUGUAUCCACAAUCCAUUAUAAUUUAUGUGGCACUUAACAGGACUUUUUAACUACAGGGAGUACCAGACUGCAUGCAGCCAAGCAGUCAUAAUGUGCCCUAUUUGAGUCUGCAGAAACAAUCUAAAUAUCUGCCCUGCUAAGAUGUCAGAGAACGUGGAUAUUAUAGUUCAGGGUUUUACAUCUAGGUUUAAUUUAAAUAGGAAAUUAAAAAGAAAAAAAUGAAACAGAACCUGAAUGAUUAUGUGCUGGAUUAGUGAAAGUCUUGUUUUCUCUCAGGGAUGAGAAUCCUGUCCAUUAGUGUCAGCGCUCCCUAAUGUCCAUCCCUUUGUGCCGUAUUUACUCUCAUAUGAUUCUUUUCCUCUCUGUCCAAGGUACUAAAAUCAUUUAAUAUUCUCAAUCAAGCAAAAUAGGUUAAAUGAGUAGAUCUUUAAGUUUACAUAUAGACAAGUGAGGAAAGUAUAGACUUUGUGGUUUGGUUAAAGUAAAACUGGAGCUGCAGUGGUAAAUUAGAAAAGGGUUCUCUUAGCCUCAGUCAUAACUGAAGAAGCCUUGAUGUGUUAUUUGGCUAGAGCCUGAACUCUUUCACUGUGGCGUUACAUAUUAGAACAUUUUUAUUUUCAUCACAUUACCACAGUGGAUCAGAAAUUUUUUCUGGUAGCAAGCUUUUCUCUUGAAUACCCUUGGGGCCUUCUGAUUUUUUUGUUUCAUCCUUCUCAGAUGUAAUCUGGUUUAUACUGUAUGUAAAACACUUUGUAUUUUAUAGUGAUGGGAUGUAUGUUUUUAAUAAUUUGUACAAUAAACAUUGGGCACCACA